AUCCACCUUGCUGCGAAUCAUCUAUCGUUCUGCCGAGCUCUCACGGUCCACAAAGGGAUUCUCGUCCGUGUCACUCGCCUAGAUCGACAGGGGCAGCUGGACGAACAGACCACGGCACAACAAUUGGUUCCAAACGAACCUAACCUCUGCUAGCAACGCAACGCCUUCGGCCUCAAAUUUGAGGUCGACGUCAAUUAGCCAGUAUGGUAUCAUCUCUACGACGUCUCGCAGCGGACCAUGCAGCGUUGCACGAAGAACUUCCUCCCAACUAUCUCUUUCCCUCCGACGAUGCCUCUGCCGGGGACGACUUAACACAGCUCACCACUCUCCUGGCCGGGCCACAGGGUACACCAUACUCGCAAGGCCUAUGGCGAUUGCAUCUGAAGAUGCCGGAGGACUACCCCAAGAGCCCACCAAAGGCAACAUUCAGGACAAGGAUAUGGCAUCCGAAUGUGGAGGAAUCGACGGGUGCGGUCUGCGUGGAUACACUGAAGCGGGACUGGAAGCCCAACUUGACCUUGAAGGACGUUUUGAUUACAAUCUCUUGCCUCCUCAUAUAUCCCAACCCAGACUCCGCACUGAAUUCCGCAGCCGGCGCACUUCUCCAAGAGAACUACGAUGCAUUCGCCCGCCAAGCGAAACUAAUGACCUCCAUCCACGCUCCCGUUCCAUCAGAGUUAGCGUCAGCAGUAUCCGAGGCGAAAACAAGAGGCGAAGACGCCGACACAGUCAUCCCCGAAGAGCAAAUACCGUCCCGCUCACUACGACCACGGAAGGGAGCCAGAAUCGCCUCAGUUACUAUGAAAAAGCGAACUACUCGGAGAAGCGCUGAAGAGAGCUCAAGCUUACGAGCAUAUUCGCAUCAGCCCAGCACACCUAUUGAACAAGAAGCACAGCAACCAGAGGAACCUCAUGACACCCUUACCCUUGAUACGACCGUCUCCGACAGUGAAUCAGAAACAUCUACCAACGCCAGUAAAGAGAACGACCCUUCCCUAUCUCCUUCCCCAGUCCGACUCGCACCACCUAGCAUCCGCAAGAACGCUUUCGGGAAACGCCCCCUUUCCGUCCUAACCAUGCCCAUGGACGUGGACGAUCCCUUCGCCAUGGGCACAGAAGAAACAACAAUAGACGGCAUGUCCGCAUCCGAGAAGAACAUCGCAGCAAACCACCCUAGUGACCUCCCAGAACGCGGCCACUCCCCGCAGAGAAAGUCCCCGAAGCUGUCCGUACUCGACAAAGGCAUCAACUCAUCAGGCCGGAUACGCGAAGAUGUCCAGAUCUUCGAAGACGAUCCCGACCCUGCUGAGCUAGGCUUCAUCAGGCGAGCCAGCGGUGACGGCAAGGAAAAUCCCCGAGCCUUAGCCGGAUUGAAAGAUACCGACCCCGCCAUCCGGACGUCUAAUCCAAGCAAUCCCCCCACGAUCCUUGCCCCCUCAGCAUCGAGAUCCGUCUCCUCCGGCUCGGGCCUAUCAAAACCAAUCUUUGGAUCACGCAAAGUCUCGUCGUCGAAUGGCAAGAAAGCCAAACCUCGGAUCGGCAUUCGCAGACUCUAAGCUUAAUAACCACCACCACUGUUACUUAUACCCACGCCUGUAUCUUCUGAAUACCCUCUUUCUAAUCUCUUCCCGCUACCUCACUACAUAUACCAUACCACUACCACCGUUUAAUACCCAAACGAACAUAGCCACAACCACUCAUGAACACAAAUACUACGUGCAUUACAUUUCUUAACUGGAUUCAUUCAAGACAACCUCCAGUGUCA